AUGCAUAAAGCUAAGAAAAUAAGACCACUUGUGAAGAGAAUGGGUUCAGAAAUACAAGAUGAUUUUUUGUCCAAACUCAGUCCUGCUGUGGACACUGCAACAGGUGCAUUUAUUUUACUUAUAGCUAUCCUGUCCAUAUUUGGAAAUUCGGUGGUUCUUCUUGUAGCAGCAAAGAAAUCGUCACAGUUGAAGCCUCCAGAGCUGUUAACAGUGAAUUUAGCGAUAACUGACUUUUGCUCAGCAGUUACCAUGUAUCCACUGGCAGUGGGCUCAGCUUGGAAACAUACCUGGCUCGGAGGAGAUUCAUCUUGUAAAUACUAUGGUUUCAUGGACUUCUUCUUUGGAAUUGCAAGUAUUGGAACGCUAACUGUGAUGGCCAUUGUAAGGUUUUUGGUAACAUCAACUACACAAAAUUAUGGAAGAAGAAUAAACAGAAAUAUAAUUUCUGCAGCAAUUGCUUUGGUCUGGCUCUAUGCUUUGAUUUGGGCAGUCUUACCUCUAGUAGGGCUGGGGCUAUACGGUCCGGAACCUUUUGGCAUUUCAUGCACUUUAGCUUGGAGUGAAUUAUAUUCUUCAGCAAACUCAAUGUCAUUCAUAGUAGCUUCAUUUAUUCUGUGCACCCUCCUCCCAACUGUGAUUAUUGCAACAUGCUACACAGGAAUAGCUUGGAAGCUUCACAAGGCAUAUCACGAAAUACAUAAUAAUCAGCAAGUUAUAAUUUCAGUAAAAAUUGACAGGAAGAUAACACAGAUGGCUGUACUGGUUAGUCUUGGAUUUAUUGGGUGCUGGGCGCCAUAUGCUACAGUCAGUUUCUGGUCAAUAUUUAAUUCCAACACCCAAAUACCUCCUGUGGUAAGUUUGCUUCUUUGCUUGUUUGCAAAAUCAUCAACUGUGUAUAAUCCAAUAAUUUACUAUACGUUCAGCACAACCUUUCAAAGGGAAGCAAAGAAAUGUCUGUGGUGCUGUGACAAGAAGGUUCAUUCAUCAACUAUCCAAGAUCUCCCAUUGCGACCUCAGGCUGCCACCUGGCCUGCUUGGGACAAUGUGCAAUCGUUGAGCAUCUUCAAUGCUAAUCAAUCACCGAUCAGACAGCACAAAAACCAGGAUAAAACGACAAUCCACUUACCAUCAAAUAUUUCAGAAUGUGAUUCUUUUCAUUGA